CUCUACGACUCACCAUCAGCCGUUAUUGAGCAGUCUUGUUGUCCGGCCAUCAAAUAGUGACGGGGGUGGUGGCGGAGUCGGUGGAACCAGUGGCGGCCGCGUUGGUCGUGGAAGCGAUUAUGAGGCGGCUUUGUGUUGCCGCCUGCAAGAACUUAGAUCUUGAGGAGGGCUUUGGGUAAGUGCAGUCUCAGUUCACGAUCCUGGGAAUUGCUCUUUUUUCCACGUUAAGACAAUUUAAUUUUGGGGUUAAAAUUUGUGCAAGAAAUUCUGGGUUGCUGAGUGGAGAGCUAUCUAUUCAACCGUUGUCAUUUUGGGAUAUUUAUGGUAUUGGGCUUGGUUGGAGUAAGAUAUGUUUGAAUACUGAUCAUAAUCAAAUCAUGGUGAGGUGAGGGUUUUCUCUUGAGAAAUUGAAGGCGAUCAAAUAACAAGCUAAAGAAGUGUUGUUGGCCUGCCUGGUUGAGACUUUUGGUAUGAGCUCUAAAUGAACUUAAUGGUGCUUGACUUUGUCUCUCUGCAAGAAAUGAACUUAAAGGUGGACUUUUUCACUGUCUAUAUUUCCAUCCAAGGGGUGAGGUUAUUCUCAUGGAACAGACAUUGAUUGGGUUGUAUUGGUUGAUUAAGGGCCAUCUGGGUUAUGUAUAGCAAUUCUUGAUCUAUUUUUCAGAUUCAUUAAGGGUUGAUUUGCAGGAAAACUUGGGAUCUUCAUAUUUCAUUUUGUACCUCAUCCUACAAUUAGGGCUUUGUUUCAAUUAAGUAUUUGGUAGUGUGAAUUGGUAUAGCAAUGGCAGCCCAGUGGCCUACAAUUGAAUUAACUGCAUUCCUCUCAUCCUUUCAACUCUUACAAAUCAUGGUCAAUGAUUGAAGGUAUCAUUGGUCAUUUCAACAGGAUGUGGCUAGCAUGGAAAUCCAUCGGUAUGAUUUGGUAAGCAGUAACGAACGUUUAUGACCAUGCAAGUAAGAUUUGGAGUUGACUUCUUAAAUAACAGAGAGGAGUAGGGUGGGUGCCAUUGCUCAAUCUGGAUUUUGGAUACUUAAUUUAUGUGGGUUUUUUUAAUGACGGUUUGUUUCCUGUAAGCUUUUUGCUUUGGUCUUACUGAUCCUUCCAGGUGUCAUUCAACUGAAGAAUUUUGUAUAUUGGCAUGGGUUGAUUGUUCCUUUGUGAUUAACUCUAGCUUGUAUGUGUUGUUCAUUUAAGAUUGGGCUAUUGGUGGACAUCCUUUCUCAUUGCCAGGACAUCGGUGCACUGAGUUUUUGCUUCUUCAAGACAUGGUUUUGGGCGCAUUGCUGGGUUUGUGGAAAAUUGGAAAUAGAAUCUUUCUAGGCUAUGGUGGUUCAAAUUAUAGAUGGAUGUGGGUUUUACAUGUACUAACGCUGGACAUGUGUUCAUUUGCAAGUAGCCAUGGUUUUGCUAUCUUAUUUGCUUCUGUUAAAAUUUCUCAUGAUGUGGGUGGUAACAUAUGGAACCUGCACAGGCAGUUAACAUCAGAACUUUCUCUCUUCUCUGCAUCUUUGCACAUUCUUUUGCUCUGUUCUCAGAGAGGAGAUGCCAACAUUGAAUGGCAAUGGUUGUCAAUUUUUUUGGUUGGUCCUUUUGCAGUUGUAUCAGAGAAAAUCUUUGGAGAUAUAUGGUUGUUGUACUUCGAGUAGUUUUCCUAUGCAACCUGUUACUUUUCUCAAUAUCUUAUGAACCCACUCCCUUUUUUAUUUCAGGAUAUAGAAUGCAUGCAGGUUCAGUUUCUCCCACACGUCGUCGGGAUGAUCAUAGAUAUAUUUCUGAUUUUGAUCAUUCUAGUGGUCUCACACGGGGCCGUGAAUUUGGUGGUGGGAGGGAUCUUGGUAGGUAUCGAGAUACUUCGCCUCAUUACAGUCGAAGAGUAAGUGGUGGCAGGCCAUUUGGGAGAGGUUUUGAUGGCCCUGGACAUGCUCCUGGGCCAUUUAGAGGGGAACGUAGUAAAAAUAAUCCAAAUGUGCGUCCUAGGGAUGGGGAUUGGUAUUGCUCAGAUCCUUUAUGUGACAACUUAAACUUUGCAAGACGAGAAUUUUGUAACAACUGCAACAGACCCCGCACUGGAGCUGGUGGAAGUCCUCGAAGAGGAGGCUAUGUUGGCCCACCAUCCCUGCAUUCUCCUCCAAGACGCUUUGCUGCCCACCCAAUUGAACGUUCUCCUGGCAGGACUCUUAAUGAAUGUAGGUCACCUCCCCGUGGUUGGGCCAGGGAUGGUCCUAGGGAGAUUGCAGCUGGUGGUCUGGCACCUCCGAGGUAUGAAAGCAGGUAUUCCGAUCAUCACCUGCGGAGAGAUAGGGUUGAUUAUCUAGAAGACAGCUUCAGAGGAAGAUCCAAGUUCGAUAGGCUACCUCCUUCAGAUUGGUCCCUUAGAGACAAUGGAAGGGAUGACUUCAUCAACGAGAGGAAGGGAUUUGAAAGAAGGCCACUAUCACCAAAGGGAUUUGAAAGAAGGCCACUAUCACCAAAGGGAUUUGAAAGAAGGCCACUAUCACCACCACCACUGUCGUUGCUUCCUCAGCGUGGACGAUGGGCACGCGACGUGAGAGAAAGGAGCCGUUCCCCAAUCAGAGGUCCAGUCAGAUCACCAUUGAGAGUCCCUCUUCGGUCUCCAUUAAGUGGUGGCCUUCCACCAAAAGACUAUCGUAGAGAUGUUUACGUUGAAAGGGAGCGUGACGAUAGGCGUGGCCUAGGACGAGAUCGCGAUGGAGGUCCAUUUUAGUGUCAAAACUCGAAGCUUUUUGUGGCUUCCCAUGUAAUUUUUGGUUAGAACAGCACCCUGUAAUCUGUGUUUGGAGACGUGGAAAGAGAGAGAGAGAGAAAGGAUGUUAAGAAGAGCGUGGUUGAUUUUUCCUAACUGGUCCAGUAUGGAAACUUGCUAUUCGUGUGUUUCUUGUUUCUGAUUAUUUUAUGCUGUAGUUGGCAGCCAGGUGAAGUAGUGAAGUAAAUGGUUUAAUAUAUUGUCCUUUUCCAAUUGUCAAA